AUGUCAGUGAAGCACUCGGAAACCAGUGCAAUUCGUGGUGGAAAUACUGCUGUUGGAGUAGUGGGAUAAGACUCGGCAGCGCUGGGUGCCUGCAGUGCCGGGAGGAGGCUGCGGGCGCCGCUGUUGACCGAGGAGGAGCGAGAGGAAGGCCGGAGCGCUGCAGGCAGCCCCGCCCGCUGCGGCCCGACUCGCUGGCUGGCUGGCUGGCUGUGUGGGCGUCCGGGCGGUCUGCGAGCGUCCCCGCGGUGCGGAGCCGUGCUGCAGCGAGGCGGAGGGGCCGUCGGCAGCGGCCGGGAGCGGCGAGACGAAGCCGGAGCGGGAGCCGGCUCGGGAGCCGGCUCGUCGGUGGGCGGUGGAGCGGUGCCGGCGGUGAGGCGGCGGCGAUGUGGGCUGCGUGGAGACGGUGGGGCCGGCGUGAGCGAGCCCUGCUGUGGUGCGUGCUGGUGGCGGCGUGGGAGGCGGCGUGGGGGCAGCUGCGCUACUCGCUUCCCGAGGAGAUGCCGAAGGGCUCGUUCGUGGGCGACGUGGCCAAGGACCUGGGGCUCGACCUGCCGGCGCUCCGACAUCGCGGCGUCCGCAUCGUAGACAGAGGUCGGACGCAGUAUUUCGCUCUGCACGGGAAGACGGGGCAUUUAGUGACGGCGGAGAGGAUAGACAGAGAGCAGCUGUGCCGGCUGGUGGAGAAAUGCGUGCUGCGGUGUGAGGUGAUAGUGGAGGGGGAAAUGCAGGUUCACGGAAUCGAAGUGGAAAUCACGGACAUUAACGACAACGCCCCCAGCUUCAAGGAAAUCGAGCUGGAGGAGAGAAUGAGCGAGACGACAGCCCCGGGUUGGCGGUUUCCCCUGGCCGAGGCUCUCGACCCGGACGCGGGAUCGAAUUCCGUGCGGAGGUACGAGCUGAGCGGCGACGAGCACUUCUCGCUGGCCGUGCAGGCGGGCCCCGGCGGGGAGCAGCGUCCCGAGCUGGUGCUGGCGAAGGCGCUGGACCGGGAGGAGGCGGCGUUUCACGAGCUGGUGCUGAGGGCGAGCGACGGCGGCGAGCCGUCGCGGACGGGCACGGCGCGGAUCCGCGUGGCCGUGCUGGACGCGAACGACAACGCGCCCGUGUUCAGCCAGGCGGAGUACGCGGUGCGUGUGCCGGAGGACGUGCCCGUGGGCUCCGUCCUCGUCACCCUCACGGCCACCGACGCCGACGAGGGGAUGAACGGGCACGUGAAAUACUCCCUGAAGAAAAUCACAGAGAAAGCCUCGCAGAUUUUCCAGCUGGACGCCGAGACGGGAGCGAUCACGCUGCUGCGGGGCCUCGACUUCGAGAAUGGCGACUUCUACGAAUUGGAAGUGCAGGCACGCGAUGGAGGAGAGCUUUUCGACACGGCGAAAGUCGCGAUCACGGUGACAGACGUCAACGACAACGCGCCCGAGCUGAGAGUGACUUCUCAGCUGAGCGCGAUCUCGGAGGACGCCCCGUCGGGGACGGUGGUGGCCCUGCUGCACGUGCAGGACCGGGACUCGGGGGCGAACGGCGAGGUGCGGUGCAGCAUCGCGGAGCGGCUGCCGUUCCGUCUGGAGAAGACCUUUGAGGACUACUACCGCGUGGUGACGGCCGAGGAGUUGGACCGUGAGAAGGUGUCGGAGUACAACGUGACGGUGCGGGCGGCGGACGGCGGGUCGCCGUCGCUGUGGAGCAGCGCGGUGCUGGCGCUGCGGGUGCUGGACGUGAACGACAACGCGCCGGUGUUCGCGGAGGCGCGCUACAGCGCCCGGCUGCCCGAGAACAACGCGGCGGGCGCGCUGGUGCUGACGGUGCGGGCGGCGGACGCGGACUGGGGUCAGAACGCGCGCGUGCGGUACCGGCUGUCGGAGGGGCGCGUGCGGGGCGCGCCGCUCUCGUCCUACGUGUCGGUGCAGGCGGAGACGGGCGCGCUGUACGCGCUGCGCUCCUUCGACUACGAGGAGGUGCGCGAGGUGGGGCUGUGGGUGCGGGCGGAGGACGGCGGGGCGCCGGCGCUGAGCAGCAACGUGUCGGUGCGGCUCGUGAUCGUGGACGAGAACGACAACGCGCCGCAGGUGCUGUACCCGCCGCCGGCGCCGGCGCCGGGCGCGGGCUGGGCGGGCGUGGAGCUGGCGCCGCGCUCGGCCGAGCCCGGGGCGCUGGUGGCCAAGGUGGUGGCGGUGGACGCGGACGCGGGGCAGAACGCGUGGCUGUCGUACGAGCUGGCCAAGGCGACGGAGCCGGGGCUGUUCCGCGUGGGGCUGCACAGCGGCGAGGUGCGCACGGCGCGCUUCCCGCUGGCCCGCGACGCGGCGCGGCAGAGCCUGGUGGUGGUGGUGAAGGACCACGGGCGGCCGGCGCUGUCGGCCACGGCCACGCUGACGGUGGUGCUGGCCGAGAGCGUGGCCGAGCUGCUGUCGGAGCUGGGCAGCGCGGCGGCGGCGCCGGGCGAGCCGGCCGGCAGCCUGACGCGGUGGCUGGUGGUGGCCGUGGCCGCCGUGUCCUGCCUCUUCCUCGCCUUCCUGCUGCUGGCGCUGCGCCUGCGGCGCUGGCGCCGCUCGCAGCUGCUGGCGGCGGGCAGCGGCGCCUUGCGCGGCGUCCCGGCCUCGCACUUCGUGGGCAUCGACGGCGUCCGCGCCUUCCUGCACUCCUACUCGCACGAGGUGUCGCUCACCGCCGACUCGCGCAAGAGCCAGCUCCGCUUGUCGGGCGGCAGCUGCUGCGACACCCUCCCGGCCCGGCCGCCGCCCGCCGAGCCCGCGCCGCUGCUCGGGGAGGACCCUGCCGGCGCCCGCCGCGCCGACCCCGCCGCUGCCCCGGUGAGUUCCUCUGACCGCGCUUGCUCCGCGACGCUUGCCUCCGCUGCUCCUCCGCCCUUUCCCCCGCUCCGUCUCCUGCGAAGCUUCGCUCAGCAGCGCGCUCUGUGCUGCCGCCUCUUGCUCGCGGGCGGUGAACGUGGGAGUGGGGGAGGCAGCCGGAGCGUGGGGCUGCCCUGGGCUGGGGUUUCGUUCCAGCGGGGCUCUGGGGGUUUGUCACGCGCCAGCCGGUGGCUCAUUUUGUCCCCUGACGGCGGUAAUUCCGCUUUUCCUGCCGGUAUGAGCUCUUCGGAGCGGAUGUGGCGCCUGAUUAGCACGCGGGAGGCAGCAGCAGCGUGGGAUAUGUUCCCGACGGCGCAGGUGCUGGAGUGGGGGGCGAGUGUCUUGAAACGGAGCGUGAAAGGCCCCGUGCCUAACUGAGCUGCUCGUCGUUUCUAGUCUUCUCAGCUCUUCUAUUUCUCCACGAUAACGUGGUGAUAACGAGUUCGGGAGGGGUCGAUUGCAGGUGCGGGGCGAGAUUUAAGGAGGGGGAGACUGCCCCUGCGCAAAUGUUCACUGACCCAGCCUUUUCUGGAGGACGGCUUCUCUUUUCUUUCUUCUUAGAGCCUCGAUGUUAUUUUCGCAGAAGACUGGUGAGCAGACAUGCGUAUCUUCCUUUAGCAGGGAGAUGUGAAGGGUUCUGUAUGAAGCCCGUGGUGUGAUGGUGGUGUGGGUUGAAGACAACCGUUUGAUGACACGUGCUUGUAAAUUUUGAGGGUCGAAGAACAUGAUGGAAGUUGUGAAAAGUUGGAGAGGAGAAUCUGGGGCUCUGUGCGUGAGGAGGUGCUGAAGGACCCAAGAGCUAUGCUUUGCUCCUUUCCCUGUUCAGUGUCCAGC